AUGGGUGUGAAUACUCCGACAACACAAUCAACUCCGUCUGUUAUAUUGUAUAAUCCAGCACAGAUGUUACAGUAUAACUCCGUGAUGACGUUUUUCGCACAGCAACAGUACUUACAACAACAGCGGCAACAAGAACUUCAAGGAGUACUUCUCAACGGCAUGACUCCCAACAUGCAAAGUAUGCAACAUCAAACCGCGAGACCUUUCAACAUGGCGGUAACACCUGAGAUGCAAAGGAUUGCUGCCAACCAAAUGGUUGGCCAGUUUGAUCCAGCUUAUCAACUUCCAGCCGUUAUCAAUCCUGCUUUUGUAAGUACAAUGCCGACACCAACGCCAAAGUCUGAUCCAACACCUACUUCACUUCCCAAUCUCCAGAAUAUGCUCCUAGAACAUCAACUGAUGGCCAUGAGAUCAAAUCCAUCGUUAUUGAGCUUUCUUCCUAUCGAACAUAUACCAACAAUACCAUCAUCCAUGGCUCAAGUUAAUAUGACUUCAAUGGCGGGUUUCCAGGCCCUUCAGUCGUCAGUUUCAUCCUUGGAGUCGGCCAGUAUGUUCGCCAAGCAUCAACAGAACUUAUUAGAACAAAAAAUGAAAAACGAUGCGGCAGCACUCAAGGCUCAAGCUUCACUAUCUAUGAGCAGUCCAAAACAAGAAGGGACCAAGUGUAUAGUAACGUCGCGUGUUAUAACAAUCCCUCGAUCAGAAAAAGUGAUGAAGUUGAUGAAUUAUCCCGCCACCGUGGAACACUUGCAAAAACCAAGAGAGAACACGAGACCGAACGUAUUGAGGAGUGUUCAAUCACCACCAUUUCUGAUAGAUCUUUCAAAUGAUACACCGAUGACUUCACCUUCAAUUGGAGCUGCAUCCACAACCACAUCAAUAGACUCUUUAACUCCUGGUGUUUUUAAUACACCACAGUCAUAUACUGAUGCUUGUUCGACCAGUUCUCUUAGCGAUGGAAACAAUAACGAUGUCUCCGGAUCUGAGCAGUUGAAGAAAACGCAAAGGAAACUCAAAAGAAAGCGAAAUGAUAUGAGCAAUAGCAAGAGUAGUGAUAGCAGUCCCCCAAUGACGAAAAUAGGAAAAGAAGGACCAGAAGUUAUUUGUGAUAGUCAGCCAACAACAUCACAAACAAACUCUACUGUCACAAAAUCGGAUGAUUCGAAAAAGGAAGAAGAUCCAGAAGUCUAUGUCAAUGUUGAAAGUGAUCCUGUGAAUGGUAAAUUGCGACGUGAUCAAAAGAGAACGAUCUACGGGAAAGUUAAACACCUGCUCAAGAGGGGGAACAGUUUAACAUGUAAUUUAUGUAAAAAAGAAGUUCUCACAAAUCACAACAGUGUAACUGAUCAUUUGGCUGGUCAUUCGGGAGAAAAGCAAGUGGCCUGCUAUUUCUGUGGAUGGACAACGUUUGAAAAGAGUUUGAUGGGAGAUCACAUGAAGAAGUAUCAUCCCGAGAAGAAGGAACAAAAAUACGAAGAUAUAGGAGAUUUGACAAAGAUGAUCGAUGUCUUCAACGAAUGUUUUCCUCAGCCUGGACGUGCUCGUCAUGAAUAUUCAGAGAAAUUGGAACUGUUCACUCAAGCUUUAAUGGAAAAAAACAUAGGACGAAUAGAUUGCGGAAUUUGUGAACAGAAGAUUCAAGUCAACAAGAAGCUCAUUGAGAAACACGUAAUGAGUCAUCCACAUUUCAGGUGCAAGAGCUGCCCCUAUCUCAUAAACAACGAAUGUGAGCAACAGCAACAUCAGAAUCAAGAGCAUCAGCAAUCAUCCCCUGAACUUGGUCGCGAUUACGCUCAAUGCACGUCUUCUGAUGUUAUGACCAAAGUGUUUCGUAAAUGCUUCAAUCAAGCAUUCAAACAUAUCGAAAAAACACAUCCAAGCUCUGUGCUCUUUGACGCCAGUCCCACGAUAUCAGAUGCUACCGAGAACAACCGAACGAUUUGA